CAAAAAUACCCUUCACCACCAAACACCACCAACUCACCAAGCACAAGACUUUCAAACGCUUCUUUCAUGGCGGAUUCGCACUCUCCCUCUCCUUCUCUAUCGUUAUUCUAACCAAUCCCAAACAUUCACGUCAGUCUUGGCGUGAAUAAGUUAGUAGUCUCUGAAUAUUAAUCAUUAAUGGCAUCGGUGAUAUCUCUGCAACAUUCUCCAAGCUUCUUGAGAUUUCGCCGGAAGCCGAUCGCAACCCGGAAAGUCUUUCUAGGUUUCGGGUUCGGUUUCGGACAUAACCGGAUUCGAUGUGAGAAUCUACGUAACUCGUCGGAAAGCGAUGGGAAAAGAAGAGGUGAGACGGCUGUGGUGGUGGCGGCGAGGAAAAGAAAUCAUUCGCCGGAAAGAUGCGCGGCGGAGGGAACACUGUUCGGAGGAGGAGAGACGGAUGCGAUAACGGAGGUGGGGACGAUGAUUCCGGAGAGGAUGAAAGUGGUGAUAUUGACGGCUUGCAUGAUGUGUCUAUGUAACGCCGACCGAGUUGUAAUGUCCGUCGCGGUGGUUCCACUCGCCGAGAAGCUUGGCUGGUCGAGUUCUUUUCUAGGGGUAGUUCAGUCCUCUUUCCUAUGGGGUUACAUAUUCUCAUCGGUAAUCGGAGGGGCACUAGUGGAUCGGUAUGGAGGAAAACGGGUAUUGGCUUGGGGGGUUGCAUUGUGGUCAUUAGCCACUCUACUAACUCCUUGGGCAGCUUCACACUCAACCUUAGCCUUAUUGUGUGUCCGUGCCUUCUUUGGUCUCGCUGAAGGCGUUGCAUUGCCCUCCAUGACUACCCUUCUCUCGAGGUGGUUUCCAACGGAUGAACGUGCGAGUGCGGUUGGAAUAUCGAUGGCCGGGUUUCACAUGGGAAAUGUCGUGGGACUUUUGUUGACGCCGCUCAUGCUAUCUUCUCUAGGAAUCUCUGGUCCGUUCAUUCUUUUCGCAUCCUUAGGUCUAUUGUGGGUGUCCACUUGGUCAAGCGGCGUUACAAACAACCCUCAGGACAGUCCUCACAUCCCUAGGUCGGAGCUUAGGCUGAUCCAGGCUGGAAAACCAGUUCAGACGCAAGCCAAUACGGCAAAACCUAACCCGUCUUUGCGACUUCUUUUGUCGAAAUUGCCUACUUGGGCCAUCAUUUUCGCUAAUGUGACUAACAACUGGGGAUACUUUGUUCUUCUCUCAUGGAUGCCUGUUUACUUCCAGACGGUGUUUAAUGUGAAUUUGAGGCAAGCGGCUUGGUUCAGCGCUCUUCCAUGGGCGACAAUGGCGGUCUCAGGUUACUUUGCCGGCUCAGCAUCGGACUUGUUGAUCAGAACUGGUCACUCUGUAACCUCAGUCCGAAAGAUCAUGCAGUCUAUCGGAUUUAUUGGUCCGGGGUUGUCUCUGCUCUGCCUCAACUACGCAAAGUCGCCUUCUUGCGCAGCGGUUUUAAUGACCAUUGCAUUGAGCUUGAGUUCCUUUAGCCAAGCUGGGUUUCUCCUCAAUAUGCAAGACAUAGCACCACAAUAUGCUGGUUUUUUGCAUGGUGUUUCGAAUUGUGCGGGUACGUUGGCUGCGAUCGUAAGUACAAUAGGGACGGGCUAUUUCGUGCAGUGGCUCGGCUCGUUUCAGGCGUUCUUGACGGUAACGGCGUGUCUUUACUUUGCAACGACCGUGUUUUGGCUCCUCUUUGCCACCGGAGAACGAGUCUUUUAGAUCCAAAAGGCUUUCCUUCAAAGCUUUGGAUAUGAUAGCAGAUAAAUACUACUCAAAACGUACAAAUGACUUUUCUUUUUUCUUUUUCGGAAGUUAGAAUAGAUUUUUGUUUUCCUGUGAUUUAAAUUCAAAAGUAGAUGCAAUCAUAAGUAACUAUUACUCCUUAACUACAUAACUAAUCACAUGAUUUUUUAUACUAGUCGCAUUGGAUGGAUAAUAGUAAAACUUGGCUUCUUUGCUCAUACAAAAUCAUGUAAAAUCAAUUAUGUAAAUAUAUAUACGUGCUAGCUACUGAUUUGAU